AUCGCGGCCGCCGCAUCCGCUUCAUCAAUUCUGAGCAGCAACCUCAAUUUUGCACAGCAUAGGGCACUGCAUUGUCUUUUCGCAUUGCUUCUGACAGCCCUCCUUCCAGCUCGGCCGCGCGAGACCGCCUUAGUGUUGACUCUUCUAGCGACCUCUCUGAGCCAUGAAUUCAUAUGAGAACCAGAUCCCGAACGGUCAUGGCUUUGAGCCUAUGCCUGUCCAGUUGGCCAACCAAGCAUGCCUGUCUUGUAAGAAGCAGAAAAGGAAAUGCGACAAGGCAUUGCCAGCUUGCGCGCUCUGCAAUCGCAUGAACCGGGCCUGCGAUUACAGCGAUGCCACUCCUCCACCGACCAGCGAUGACUUCAAUGCUUUGAAGAUCAAAGUGAUGCAGCUUGAGGCAACCUUGCAUGGAAGACACAACCAAGCCACACCAUACACUCCUUCCUCGUCUAGUGGCCUAGCUACAGGUGAGAGCAUUGGCCACCAACUUCCUACAUACAAUCCACACCAAGAUAUUUCGUGGCAAACCGUGCAGAAUAGAUUCCCUGCCAUUGCUUUCUUGGAUGGAGACACGUUCAAAUAUGGCGGUGUCGUUGUACCUAAGCCUCUUGUCGAUAUCCCAGGGGAUGUUCUUCAACUUUUAGGCGACGCAUCCGAGAUACAAGAUAUCGUCACCAAAUACUUCGACACAAUCCAUAAAUGGAUGCCCAUUGUAUCUCACAAACGCAUGAACCGGAAUAUGGCCAACCCCAUGUGGGAAGGCGGGCCUGAUCUUGCUUUACUAUUUCUCUGUAUGAAGCUCAUUGUCUCCACCCCUCCAGAUGGUAUUGAGGCCUCCCAGAACCCACUCUACAUAUCUGCCAAGCGUUUCAUUGCUUUAUUGGAGGCUACGGGAACAGCAUCUUUGCAUGUACUUCAAGCGAAUCUCUUGGUCACAUGGUAUGAGCAUGGUCAAGCUAUCUACCCAGCUGCUUAUAUGACCGCUGGGUGGUGUGUCCGGUACGGUAAUAUGCUCGGAAUCAGUGGACACCCUGAGGCUGCAGAAAUCCUAGGACGUACUGGCACAUGGGUAGAACAAGAAGAGAGACGAAGAACCUGGUGGGGUGUACUCCUGGCAGACAGAAUCGUGUGCAUUGGUUCGCAGGGAUAUAUUCCAAACCCACAAGAGCCCAAGCCAGAAGAUGUACUUCCUGUUUACGACUAUGCCUGGGAAGCCGGUGAGAUUGCUUCUGCUGGCGAGCGUACAGUGGGUAUGCCUAUCGAUGUUACUGUUGAACCAUUCCCACGCCUCUGCCAAGUCUAUGUCUUAAUGGGCGCCGUCAUCAAGCACCAUCACGGUCCAAAACUUGCAGAUCAGAAAGACCAAUUUAUUGCGGCCACCCAGCUUUACUCGGAGAUCUCUAGCAUGAUCCUGAAGCUCACCGAAGAGUCCGCCAACGAUCCACUUGGUCUUGCAUCCCCUCUCGCCCUCGCCUACAGCACCCUCUGCGUCCUCUGCGACCGUUACUCCUGCCCUCAUCCACGGAAUUGUGCUCCUCCGUCCACUCAAGCAGCGUCAGAAAUGCAAACACAAGCCAUUGAAGGCCUCCGCAGUGUCUCAGCCAGCAUCAGAGAAUUCGCGACCCAACUCACAGAUGCCACACCUCAGCCACAAGAUCUCGACAGAGUCAGUCCUAUCAUCAUGGAUGCUCUGUAUUCUGCUGCGUCGAACUAUGCGUGGAUGGUGAGAGAGAGUGGGGAUGAGAAUUGCCAGGCUGCGCUGGAGUCACUGCGGAACACAAUGAGAAGACUGGGAGUUCGGUGGAGAAGCGCUGCGGAGUACUUGCGGAUAUUGGAGGCUCAGGAGUUUACUUUUGCGGUUGGUAGUGCUGGGUCAUAAGCCAAUUUUGGUUGUUCCAGGGAGCUGAGGCGUUCUAUACUCAUUCUUAUUUAUGGUCAACAGGGAGCUUGGCGGCGUUUGGAACCGCGAAAGGGAUGUCCUGCGGACCUGGAGCUCGUCUUUGCGAGGGUCUUCUUUGGCAUACAUGAAAGUGAGGUUGCCAGGCUAAACUGGAGUAUUGGAACUCAGACAGGUCACCAAAGUCGUUGAGCAUUUUACCCGCUACUGGCGGGUAGCAAAUUGGAUGCACGGCUUGUUCCAGCCCAAGUUCUUACUUUCCCUUGUCUUCCCCCGGUGUUUGGCAUUCCUACGGGUCCACAAGAGAAAGAUGCUGGAGCAAGAGAGCAAAAAGUCGAUGGUGUACUGAUAGUUGCUGAUGCAAACAAAUAUGAUGUACUUAGCCGAGUUAGACACUCGAUAGAAAACGACAAACAGGACGAUAUACUUGAGAAGGUUCGUUCAUCCCAUCCAAGGGAAGAUUAUCUGUACAGCCGGAGCUGCAAAUGAACUGUACCAGAGGCGAGUCUCAGGAGGUAGAUGGGAGUAUCCACGAUUUGCGACCACGGGGGAGGAAUAUACGACCUCCAUUGCGGAUCAAAGACCAGGAGUCGAAGAAACUCCUGUAGCUGAGGAGUUGUCGUCUUCUGAAGACAGUGGACUUCAUGGCUUCUCAUUCUCUGCAUCUGCAAACGAGAUUUCUGAUUUGUCCGAUCAACUUAUUCUAUUCGCUUCUCGUGUCUCUCUUUAUUGGUCUUUGGCAUGUUUCUCAAAGCGCCUUCUGGUUGUAAAUAACAGCAUCUCGUCCACACAAGGUCCAAGGAUAUAUACUACGUAAGGAGACAAAGACAGGAGAUGCGAAUGAAAACUAAUACUUGAUCUAAACCUACCUCAAUGUAGAGUCAAAUAUAGCGAAUACUGACAUCAUGACAUGAUUUCUCACA